AUGACAUGCAAUGAAUCCGAUAUCGAAUCAAUAUCAGAUGACGAUGAUGAAAUUUACAUGAAUCAAUUAACUGGACUAGUUGAAGGUGAAAUUAUUCAUAUUCAAGCAGUAACUGUUGGUGGUGAAGGAGGAUCGAUCGAAGUUAUUCGAUCAGAUCAUGAUGAAUCGAUCGAACAAAAUCAACAUCAACAACAUGUCGAACUGAAUGAAACACCACAAAAUCAAAUUAAACGUCGAAAGAAACGAAGUGCUGAAGCAAAAACCAAAUAUAACAGAAGACACAAUCAGCAACGACGGACAUAUCGUUAUAAUUAUCCAAGUCGUCGAUUGUUACAUCAACCCUUAAAAUCUGAAAUUCAUAUAUCAGAUCGAUUACGGCUCUGUGAUUGGCUGAAAGGUUGGACUGAAGAAGAUUUUCUUCAUCUGGCACCAUCGGAUGAAUUUUAUGUUUGGACUGUUCGCAAACCAAAUUAUGAAAAUGAUAGAAUUUGGGCAAAAAAUGUUGAAGAUAUUGAAGACGAUGAAAGGUAUCGUGAAAUGGUUAAAAACCAAGCGUGUAUCGGCAUUUGUAUCAUUUUCACCGCGAAAAAAAUGCAUCGGGUGAUUAAAGAUAAAGGUGAAUCUUGGACCGGUGAAUAUUUUCGUGGCAUUAUUUUAAUGCAACACGUAUUUUCGUUCCUCACCGACGAAGAAAACGUAAUUGAUCUGGAUAAUGUGAUAUUUGUUCCCGAUAAAGCACGAUGUAUGCGAGCAAACAUGACUCAACAUCUGAUUCGAGAUAACAACAUCGAGUUUUGGGGCAACGAUAUCUGGCCUGGUAAUUCACCUGAUCUCAAUACGGUAGAACAUAUUGGAUCAAUAAUUAAAGAUGAAGUUGAGCAAAAAAUGUUAUCGAAAACUGGACAUAAUCGAUAG